GAUUUUGUUAAGCAGCUACAGUACAAACAGGCAUCAGUGGGCACCAUCGUAGAAAAGGUAAACAACUUAACCAAGAAGCAGGAGUCUCCUGAACACAAGGAAAUAAGCCACUUAAAUGAUCAGUGGCUGGAUCUCUGCCUUCAGUCUGACAAGCUGUGUGCACAAAGGGAGCAGGAUCUUCAGAGAACCAGGGAUUACCAUGACCACAUGAAUGUGGUUGAAGCAUUCCUUGAAAAAUUUACUACAGAAUGGGAUAAUUUGGCCAGGUCUGAUGCAAAAAGCACGGCUGUCCACUUGGAGGCUCUGAAACAGUUGGCCUUGGUAUUGCAGGAGAAGAAGCAUGCCAUUGAAGAUCUGAAAGAGCAAAAGCAGAGGAUGGUAGAGCAUCUGAAUCUGGAUGACAAGGAAUUAGUGAAGGAACAGACCAGCUACUUUGAGCGACGCUGGUUUCACCUUGAGAAGGACCUUGUUAAAAGGAAAAUCCAAGUGUCAGUCACCAACUUGGAGGAGUUAAAUGUGGUGCAGUCCAGAUUCCAGGAGCUAGUGGAGUGGGCAGAAGAACAACAGCCCAACAUCGCAGAGGCCCUGAAGCAGAGCCCCGCUCCUGACAUGGCUCAGAACCUCCUCCUGGACCACCUGGCCAUCUGCAGUGAGCUGGAGGCCAAACAGAUGCUCCUGAAAUCGCUGAUGAAGGAUGCUGAUCGUGUGAUGGCUGACCUCAGCCUCAAUGAGCGGAAGCUGAUUCAGAAAGCACUCGCGGAUGCUCAGAAGCAUGUGAGUUGCCUCAGUGACUUAGUAGGUCAGCGAAGAAAAUACUUAAACAAGGCUCUGUCUGAGAAAACCCAGUUUCUCAUGGCAGUAUUUCAGGCUACCAGCCAAAUUCAGCAACAUGAGCGAAAGAUCACGUUCCGGGAACAUAUCUGCCUACUUCCGGAUGAUGUGAGCAAGCAGGUUAAAACAUGUAAGUCUGCCCAGGCCAGCCUCAAGACUUACCAAAAUGAAGUCACUGGGCUUUGGGCACAGGGUCAUGAAUUAAUGAAAGGAAUCACAGAGCAGGAAAAGAAUGAGGUUCUGGCAAAGCUUCAGGAGUUGCAGAGUGUUUAUGACUCUGUUUUGCAAAAAUGUAGUCACCGGUUUCAAGAGCUAGAGAAGAAUUUAGUUUCUAGAAACCAUUUUAAGGAAGAUUUUGAUAAAGCAUAACACUGGCUCAAACAAGCAGAUAUUGUUACGUUUCCUGAAAUCAACCUCAUGAAUGAAGGCCCUGAGCUUCACGCACAGUUGGACAAAUACCAGCACAUCCUGGAACAAUCCUCAGAAUAUGAAAAUCUUCUACUCACACUACAAAGGACUGGGCAGGCCAUGCUCCCGACCCUAAGUGAAGUUGAUCAUUCCUACCUCAGUGAAAAGCUAAGCACUCUACCCCAACAAUUCAAUGUCAUUGUUGCCUUGGCUAAGGACAAGUUUUAUAAAAUCCAGGAAGCAAUUCUGGCUUGAAAGGAAUAUGCAUCUUUGAUAGAUUUAACAACCCUGUCUCUGAGUGAACUGGAAGAUCAGUUCCUGAAGAUGAGGAAGAUACCCUCUGACCUGAUAGUGGAAGAGAGUGUCCUUCAGGAGAGCUGCAGAGCCCUUCUGGGUGAGGUGGUGGGCCUCGAGCAAGCCAUAGAUGAACUAAACCAGAAGAAAGAAAGCUUUCGCAGCACAGGUCCGCCUUGGCAUCCAGAGAAGAUGCUGCACCUGGUCACCUUGUACCACAGGCUGAAACGGCAAGCCGAGCAAAGGGUCAACUUGCUAGAAGACACCACUAGUGCUUACCAGGAGCAUGCAAGGAUGUGUGAGCAGUUAGAGAGUCAGCUGGAGGCUGUGAAAACCAAGCAGGCCAAAAAGUGAAAGGAAACACUCCCAGUGGAGGAGAAGCUCAAACUGUAUCACUCCCUGGUGGGAAGCCUGCAGGACUUAGGGAUUCUGCUCAAAAGACUAGCUAUGCACCUGGAGGAUCUCACUCCGCACCUUGAUCCCAAUGCUUAUGAGAAAGCCAAGGGUAAGGUCCAGGCUUGGCAAGAGGAGCUGGACUGGUUGACCUCUGGCAUUGGCGAGACAGUGAUGGAGUGCGAGAGCAGAAUGGUGCAGAGCAUAGACUUCCAGACAGAAAUGAGCCGCUCCAUGGAGUGGCUGCGGCGGGGAAAGGCAGAGCUCAGCGGGCCAGUGUACCUGGACCUCAGCCUCCAGGACAUCCAGGAGGAGAUCAGAAAGAUCCAGAUCCACCAGGAGGAGGUCCGGUCCAGUCUGAGGAUCAUGAGUGCCUUGAGUCACAAGGAGCAGGAGAAGUUCAAGAAGGCCAAAGAGCUGAUCUCGGCAGACCUGGAGCGCACGCUGGCUGAGCUGGCAGAGCUGGAUGCCAACGUGCAGGAAGCCUUGCGCACCCAGCAGGCUACCUUGACUGAAAUAUACAGACAGUGUCAAAGGUAUUAUCAAGUAUUUCGAGCAGCUAAUGACUGGCUGGAGGAUGCCCAGGAAAUGUCACAGCUGGCAAGCAAUGGCCUCGAUGUUGAGAGUGCAGAGGAAAAUCUCAAAAGUCACAUGGAACUUUUCAGCACAGAGGAUCAGUUCCACAGUAAUGUGGAAGAGCUCCAAAAUCUAGUGGUCAAGCUGGAUCCACAUAUCAAGCCAACUGGGAAAGAAGAGCUAGCACAGAAGAUGGCUUCCCUGGGAAAGAGGAGUCAGAGGAUCAUCCAGGAUUCCCACACCCAGCAGGACCUCCUGCAGAGAUGCACAAAUCAGUGGCAAGAUUACCAGAAAGUGAGGGAAGAAGCUAUUGAGUUGAUGAAUGACACAGAAAAGAAACUGUCUGAGUUUUCAUUAUUGAAGACGACUUCUAGUCAAGAAGCUGAAACAAAGUUGUCAAAACACAAGGUUAAAGAAGCCACUGACAUGAUUGAUCAACUGCAAGGUAAAUUACCGGGAAGCUCAACAGAGAAAGCCUCAAAAGCAGAGCUCGUGGCCCUUCUUGACUGCCAUGACACGUGUUCCCUGGAGCUAGAGCAGCAGCAGCUGGCCCUGGGGAUGCUACAGCAGUGA